AUGGCUAGACACUCAGAUAAGGCUCCUCAAAAAUCGAGCUUAACUAGCGGCGGAUCGCUCACAAAUUUGUUCAAGCUAAAUCGUAAACGUCAUGCUGACGACGGCGAUGAGUCUGUAUCUACAUCUAAUGCGGCUUCAUCUCACUCAGAAGCGUCCCAUAACGACCAAGAUUCUAGCGAAAAUGAAGAGCAACAACAGGGUCCAAAGUUCAAAAAAAGACGUACGCUUUCAACGGCUGAGGCGGAAGCCCAGGAAGCCCGGGAACGUGAAUUGGACGCAAGACUGCCCGAGGAACUUCGCAAAUACCGCCCACGCGGGUUUUCGCUCAAUCUGCCGCCAAAGGACCGGCCUAUACGUGUGUACGCAGAUGGGGUUUUCGAUUUGUUCCAUUUGGGCCACAUGAAGCAACUCGAACAGUGCAAAAAGUGCAUGCCAAACGUGCAGCUGAUUUGCGGUGUUCCCUCGGAUCGUGUCACGCAUAAAUUGAAGGGUCUUACUGUUCUGACCGAUCAGCAGCGCUAUGAAACGUUGCGGCACUGCAAAUGGGUGGACGAAGUGAUUGAAGACGCGCCAUGGUGUCUGACCACUGAGUUCUUGGAAGAACACAACAUUGACUACGUUGCCCACGACGAUUUGCCCUACGCUGCCUCGGACAGUGACGAUAUUUACCGCCCCGUCAAGGAACUGGGCAAAUUUGUGGCAACGCAACGCACAGAUGGCAUUUCCACCAGCGAUAUUAUUACAAGGAUUAUUCGCGAUUACGACAAGUAUCUAAUGCGUAAUUUCGCGCGCGGUGCGUCUCGUCGUGAUUUAAAUGUGUCGUGGCUCAAGAAAAACGAAUUGGACUUCAAAAAACAUGUUCAGGAUUUCCGAUCUUAUUUCAAGAAGAGCCACGACUCCAUCAACCAUGCUUCCAAAGAUCUUUACGUUGAAGUACGCGAGAUGUUGCUACGAAAGACCCUGGGCAAAAAAGUGUACGCCAAGUUAGCAGGCCAAAAAGUGCCUCAAAAGUCUAUCAGAGGUUCUUCGCCAGCCUCGGAGUUCGCUCGUACCUAUGGGGACGAACCAAGCUACGGUAACCAUCUUGAAAAACAAAGUCAAGAUGACCACGACGAAGAAAAUGACAGCGAAGAUGGAGACAAAGAAAGUCAAGAUCUUAACGAUGAUCAGCGAUCCGAUUCCCAUUAA